AUGAUAGAUCGACAGCGCCAGGCUGGCUCCCUCUCUCAGCCGAUCUCCAUACUCAACAUACCUCGAGCGCUCAAAUCUGCUCUCACCGAUGCUGGGUACAAGACCUUGGGUGAUGUACAACAGCUAUCAGUCAAUGACAUCAGUGCCGAAAUUGGCAUACCGAAACAUCAAGCCGAAGAUUUACGUCAGCAAAUUGAAUCGUUCCAAGACUCAUCACAACAACCAUCGCAUAGCAUACCUCUCCAGAGUCAGAUUCAGGCAUCCACAGCUGCCGACCUACUUUCAUCCGCCUACCUUCCUCAUUUCUCUACAUCUUCCACUUCGAUAGAUCACCUUAUCGCCCGCUUCCAGGAUCCAUCUCGGCGUCACCUCCCUAGUAAGCCAUCACGAAAGGGGAAAGAGAAGGCAGAUAGCGCUGCGAUCACACCCGGGAUGGCUAUUGAGGUUUCUGGUCCACCGGGAAUAGGGAAAACCGCUGUUGCUCUGGGUAUCGUAUUGAAUGCUAGGAUGACUGGGAUCAAUGACGUGGAGGAUGAUGUGGGAGAUUCAGCCGGUGAGGUGUUGAUAAUAGACACGGAAGGUGGUAUAACAGCGGAAAGAGUUCGUGCAGCUGCUGAAGCAAUUACCAGAACAUGCUCAACACUGCCUCGCGAUAUAAUCCAUGGUAUACAUUUCGUUCGAAUACCUACUCAAACCCAGAUGAUAGCUUUUUUACACACACUGGAUGAAUGGUUAGAAACGCAUCCGAAGGUCAAUCUGAUUGUCAUCGACACUUUGAGUUUCCAUUUCCGACAGCCUGGACUAGAUAUGAGCACGAGAAGGAGGAUGAUGGAGUUGGUCAAGCAGAAGAUCGGUCAAGCCACUACACUGCAUCAUUGCGCAGUGAUCGUCUGUAAUCAGAUGGCAACGAAAUUAAUGACGGCCGAGAACAAACCUGCCAAUUUCGAUACUGGCGAUAGAGCAAUCCUGAUGCCUCAGCUAGGCGACGCAUGGACGACAGGUAAAACCUUACGACUGUGUUUGUUCCGUGGUCAUCCAGGCGAUGAGCUGCGUUACGUCCAUGCUUCGAUGUCAGGAUCGACGAGAAACUUACCUUGGGCAGCUUUCGAUGUCGACAACGAUGGGCUACCAUGCGAUAUACCCGAAAAGAUAUUCGAGAGACCUGUAACACCACCACCAAAGGAUCUUAUAUCAAAUACCACUCUGUUAGAUUUCUAA